AUGUCCUUUUCUGACCCGUGCAUUUGUAUUAAUGCCUCUUUGCUGUCUGUGUGUUCGAGCGCGUCUCGGAGAUGUUCUUGCCUAGAAGAUACAACAUCAGCCUCUAAUUCAGCUGCGGUACACAAGAUGCACGAUUCUUCUUCUUCUUUCUUCUUCUUCUUCUUAAAUUUCUUUUAUUCUUCUUCCCUCCCAAUCCUCUUUCUUUUCUUCUUCUUCUUCUUCUUCUUCUUCUUCUUCUUCCUCCUCAUUCUUCUCCUUCUUCUUUCUGUUGUUUUUCUUCUUCUUCUUCUUUCCUCUUCAUUCUUCUUCUUCUUUCUCCUCCUAAAAUUUCUUCUUCUUCCCUCCUCAUUUGAUUUCUUCUUCUUCUUUCUUUUCUCUUCUUCCUCCUCAUUCUUCUUUCUUCUUCUUCAUUCCUAUCCUUGUUCUUUUUCUUCUCCUUCUUCUUCUUCUUCAUCUUCCCUCCUCAUUCUUCUCCUUCUUCUUCCUUCUUCAUUCUUCUUCUUUUUCUUCUUCUUUCUUCUUCUUUCCUCCUUCUUCUUUUUCUUUCUUCUUCUUCCUACGCCUCUUUUUCUUCCUCAUCUUUGUUUCUUCUUCUUUUUCCCUCCUUCUUCUUCUUCUUCUUCUUCUUCUUCUUCUUCUUCUUCUUCUUCUUCCUCCUCAUUCUUCUCCUUCUUCUUCCCUCCUCAUUCUUCUUCUUCUUUCCUCUUCAUUCUUCUUCUUCUCCUCCUCCUCCUCCGCCUUCUUCUUCUUCUUCCCUCCUCAUUCUUUUUCUUCUUCUUCUACUUCUUCUUCUUCCCUCCUCAUUCUUCUUUUUCUUCUUCUCUCCCCCAUUCUUCUUCUUCUUCUUCUCUCCCCCAUUCUUCUUCUUCUUCCCUCCUCAUUAUUCUUCUUCUUCUCUUCCCCCCCACUCUUCUUCUUUUCCUUCUUCUUCUUCUUCUUCUUGUUCUGAGUCGAGCUGAAUUGAAAAUGACGUUAUUUAAUCGUGACAGCACUCGUAUGCAUCGCACAAGUGUGUGCAAAGUGUAA